AUGAAUAAAAAACCCAUUAGUGGUAAUAGUAGUAACAAUAAUAGUGGUGGCCGUCCUGUUAAAUACUCAAACUUAUCUGCACCAGUAACUCCUUCGAGAAUGUCUCCUAUCACCGGCAACCCUAUUCUGAAUAGUAAUUUUUUAAAUCGUUCAACUUCCUCCACUUCCUCUCCUGAGUCCAUUACAGCAAUUCUAUCAACUUCACCUGCAAUUCAUUCACCGUUGAAUCCAAUAAAAAGUAGAAACAGCUCCACUUCGAGACUUGUUACUUCAACCUCUUCUUCAACUCUUUUAAAUAUGGAUCCAAUUAAUGAAAUCAUGUUUCCAGACCCUUUGGUUGUACAACUAGCUCCAACCUUUGCUAGGAAUCCUUUCAAUGACUGUGAAAUAUUCAAUUUAGAAAUAUUUGACACAACAAAUGUUCCCCCAACAACUAUCACAACUUCAACAAAUAGUUGGGAUAUGAUUGAAUUGUUAGCGUUAGACAACUUCAGGAAUUGGAUGGUUUGUUUUUGUAUAGUGAAUUUUGAUUUAGAAUUAGGCCAGGCAAUGGAUGUAAUGUAUCCACCAUCAUCAGAUUUAACAAAUGAUGAAAUGAAAAACAUAUGUUUCUCGGCAUUUCCCGAUUCAAAUUCUUUUGAUGUUGGUGAAACUGUUUUCAAUUUCAGAAUAAGAUGUUCUUCAAAAUCUGGCUUGGUAUCUUCAGGUCCUACAGCAGAUGCUGGAUUCUUGUACGGUUAUGUGUUUUUUAGACAAAAGAGAGAUUCACGUAUAAGACGUGGUUUCUUUCAGAAAUCUGUUGUAUUAUUAUCGCCGUAUCCAUAUGUAGGACUAUUCUCAAAACUUGUAUCAAUCCUUGGGCCAGCAUAUUUUGAAGUUGGGAAACCAAUGUUAGAGGCAGCAUGUCAUGACAUUACAAGUUGGAGGCCUCCAUCACCUGGUAAAACAUUUGAAUUGCCAUUUCUAGGCAGCAUAAUACAAGUGGAAAUACCUUAUCCGAAUAGUCCACAACUUCUUGAAACAAGCCCGUUUGAUAUGUCAAACUAUCGUCCUGACACUCAAAUACUUGCAUCCUUGCCACCUACUCCAACAUUUGCUCAUUUUCGUGAUAUGCUAAAAGAUUUGUGGAUAUGUUGGGAAUUGAUGUUGUUUGCCGAGCCUAUUGUCUUAAUGGCACCUGAUCCAAAAAUAUGCAGUGAGGCUGUACUCGAAUUAGUAGAUUUAAUCAAUCCGAUACCAUAUUGUGGAGAUUAUCGACCUUAUUUCACAAUUCAAGAUACGGAUUUUAAAUCUUUUGUAACUAAAACUCAGCCACCUUCAAAUAUAAUUAUUGGUGUGACAAAUCCUUAUUUCACAAAAGCAUUACAACAUUGGCCUAAUAUUAUUAAAGUUGGAAGACCAAAAUCAAGAAAAACUAAUGGUUCUUCGUGGCGAGGAUUCAAUGUCUCCUCAUUAGAUUUUAUUCAGGGAGUAAGAUGCAAAAGGAAAUCAGUUAUUGCAAAAGACAAAGCAGUAUUAAAAUUAUUUGCAGAAGCAAUUACUCGUGGCUAUCCAUCUGAGACUCCACAAUUAAAACCUUUUAAAACCGAUAAAUUUUUAAAAUCUUUACAAGAACACGGUCCACAAAUCCCUUUCAAAACCAAAAAUUUUGCAUCAUCAGAUAUAUAUAUUAAUUUUUAUACACAGUUCCUAAAAUCUGGAAAUUUUGCAACAUGGCUAAGAUUAAGAACAAUUGAGGCACAGAAUGAGUUAAGGAAACGAUACUUACAAGUAUUAUGUGAAGAUGAUGUCAGGAAAUGGAUGAUUGGAAAACAUGAAAUGGAAUUGGUCGAUUUACUGGUUCGAGUAAAAGAUGAAUUGAAAUUAUCUAAACAAAAUUAUUCACAGACAUCAUCAGUAGUGGUUAUUCCUUCAUCAGUUAUAAGAGAUAGAAAUGGUGUGUCACCUUCAAUACCUACGGCACAACAAUGUGAGAAAUUAAAAUUACAAGCAAAUAUUAUCAUAUCAGGAUUGCCCAAAGACAUUAGAGACUCUUUUAAACGAAACCUUCCUGAACCUUUAGACACACCUUCAAUUAAAGGUAAAAAAAGAAAAAAGACCGAAGAAAUUGAAGACUUACAUAUUAAAAUAAAAGAAAGAUAUAAUAAUAUUUCAAUUGAAAAUGAAAAUAGCACUAUUAAAAAAAUAGCAAAAUAUAUGAUUAAUGUUAAUUACCUGAACAUUUCCUUUAAUGAUCCAUUGAUGGCAUAUUGUAUAGAUUUCAGUAAUCCAUCAGCCUUAUUGAAAAGAUUAUUAAAAGACAUUCAGGAAAUGAACAGAGAGGAUUAUGAUUUAGUAGUUGGCAUAUUUAAGAUACUGUUACUUGAUGAGAUAUUUGAGAAUAAACAAUUUGGAAAUGAAGACAUCAAUGAGGACACCUUUAUACAUGAAUUUGUACAUCCAUUGAUGUGUAAAAUCAUUGAAAUGGAAAAAAAAGCCUCUGGAAUAUUUUGGUAA